AUGACUAAAGUGAUAAUAGAAAUAAUAGCAUUUCUUGUAUCCACAUCAGGCUGGGUACUGAUGUCUGCCACUUUACCAGCAGACUACUGGAAAGUGUCUUCAAAUGAUGCAAGUAUUGGUGCAGUGAUUACAACAGCCAGCUUCUGGCGCAACCUCUGGAAGGUUUGUUUGAUCGAUUCUACUGGAGUUACCAACUGCAGAGACUUUCCAUCCCUGCUCGAAUUAGACGGUUACAUCCAGGUGUGCAGAGCCCUGAUGAUUGCAGCUGUGUGUCUUGGUUUCUUUGCAAUUGCCUGUGCUCUGGUGGGAAUGAAGUGUACCAAAAUUGGAGGAAAUGAUCAAGUCAAAGCCCGGAUUGUAUGCGCUUCUGGAAUUCAAUAUUUUAUUUGUGGUAUCUGCUCUUUGACCGCCUUCUCGCUGUAUGCCAACAGGACCAUGAAUGAUUUUUUUGACCCUAUGUUUAUGGAUAUAAAGUAUGAAAUUGGGUCAGCCCUGUUCAUUGGUUGGGCAGGCGCUAUCAUGUGCAUUCUGGGAGGGAUUGUGUUCUCCUUGUCACUGUUUGAUAUCUUCAGCAAAAGGAGCACUCCA